AUGCCUCGAAAAUAUACUAGAACUACAACGCGGGCGACUUCGUACAAACAAGAAGUCCUGGAAAUUGCCAUUCAAAGAAUUAAAAAUAAGGAACUCUCCUACGCAGCCGCUUCACGAAUAGACAGUAUACCGACAUCCACGCUGAGUGAUAGAGUCUUGAAAAAAACAGCAACAAAAAGCAAGACCCUCGGCAGAUCAACCGCAAUCCCAAUAGAAUUGGAAAUCAAGCUUGCAAACUGUCUACGUGUGAUGGAAAAAUGGGGUUGGGGCUUAUCCAGAAAAGAGGAAGUAGAAAAAGCCGCACACACCUGCAAUACCUGCGACGAAACUAUUGAGGCAAAAGAUAUUUGGAAAGACAAAGAUAGCGAUGAUAUAAAUACUUUAGAAAAGACAACGCAAAAAGUGACUAUGUUAUCAUCCGUAAAAUUGACACCUGAAAACCAAGCUUUCUACAAAACUUACGGAAGUUCACAACCUAAACCUAUUAACAUAGAUAGGGACAUAUUUAUAGAUUUAAAGGAGAAAAACUACAAAAUACAGACAUAG